AUGAAUAAAAGAACACAAAGAAACUUUGAAAGUAAUAUUGAACUAAUCAAUUCAUUAAAGAAAAAAGUAAAUGGAGUUUCUUCAGUCACGAAUAAUAAUAAUGAUACAGAUUUAUUAAAGGAAAUAACCAAAUCAAAUAAUGAAUCUAAUUUUUUUUCAAAUUUAUUAAAUAAAACAUUAAAUAUCAAUUUGGUUUGUAAUAAAAAGAAAUUAUUAAAAAAUUGUUCAGAUAAUCCAAAUUGUUUCCACCAUUUAGGUCAAAAAUGUUUAAAAAUCGAACCAGAUGUUUAUGUUAAAGAGAACUUAAUGAAAGAUUUGAUAAAUAAUCAAUCAUUACCACAUGAAAAUAAUAAUAAGGAAUCACUUUCAGAAUUCAAAGAAAGAGAUAUAUCAGAACAACCCAUAGGUUUAAAGAAUCUUGGUGCAACCUGUUAUGUAAAUUCAUUAUUACAACUUUUAUAUAUGAAUACUGAAUUUAGAAAGUUGGUAUUAGAAUUUAAAUUACCAUCUGAUAUCAAUCAAGAUAAUAGCAACAACAGUAACAGCAAAAGCAACAACAACAGCAAAAACAAUAAUAGUAAUAAUAUUCAUAAUGAGGAUUUUAUUAUUGAUCAGUUAAGAUUAUUAUUUUUGAAUAUGAGGUUUAAUAGAAUUAAAGUAUUUGAUCCAAGUGAAUUUGUAAAUUCAUUAGAACUUUCAAAUUCUUUACAUCAAGAUAUCCAAGAAUUUUUUAUUUUAUUUUUUGAUUUAAUCGAAUCAAAAUUAGAAAUUUCUCUCGAUAAUAAUAGUAAUAAUAAUAAUAAUAAAAAUAAUAAUAAUAGUGUUAAUAUUUUAAAAAAGUUAUUUCAAGGAAAUUAUGAUUAUACUACACAAUGUUCAGAUUGUAAUACAAUAUAUAGAUCACCAAGUUCAUUUUAUGAAAUUCCAUUGCAAUUAAAUGGAUUUGAAGGAUUAGAGGAAUCUUUAAAAGGUUUCCUCUCAAAUGAAAAUUUAACUGGUGAUGAUCAAUAUUUUUGUAAAAAUUGCAAUAAGAAAACGGAUUGUUCACGUUCAACACAACUCACAACAAUACCACCUUUUCUUUGUUUUCAAAUACUUAGAUAUAGUUUCGAUAGACAACAAUUGAAAAAGAAAAAGCUUCAUAAUUCAUUCACAUUUCCCUUAAAAUUAAAUUUAUUAAAGUAUUUAGUCCCAAAAGAUAAAACUCAACAAAAAACUAAACAACAAAUGAAUAACAAUAAUAAUAAUAAUAAUAAUAAAAAUGACGAUUACGACGACGAUGAUGAUGAUAGAGACUCUGGUUCAGAAACUGAAUCUGAAUCUGAAAUGCAAUUCAAAAAUGAUAAUAAUAAUAAAAAUAAAUUAAAAUCGAAUAAUAUUAAUAAUAAUAAUAAUAAUAAUAAUAAUAAUAAUAAUAAUAAUAAUAAUAAUAAUAAUAAUAAUAAUAAUAAUAAAAAUAAUAAUAAAAAUAAUAAUAGUGAUAAUGAUUGUAAAGAUUUAUUUUAUUGUAUAAAGGAUUCUUUAUUUGAGGAGGAUGAAGAAAAUCAAUUAUUAUAUAAUCAAGUAAACUUUUAUAGAGUUGUCCAAAAAAUUGUAAAUAGUAAAACUUUAACAAGUGUAGAAUUAGAUCAAUUACUUUCAUCCGAUCAAUUUUUAAAAAAGUAUAGGAGUUUUUUUAGUGAAAUUGUAAAUUUUAAAACAAUACCACAAACAACAACUACUACUACAACAACAACAACCUCAACUAAUACAUCUACUAAUACAUCAAACACAAAUACAAAUAAUACAACAGUAACAAAAACAAAUGAUAAUCAAAAUAAUUUUAAUAAAAUUUCAAAAUCAAUUACAAUUUCAAAUUUAGACUCAAAUUCAAUUCAAUUUGAAAAUGAAGGAGAUUUUGAAUAUGAAUUAACUGGAAUUUUAAUGCAUCAAGGUGUUGGUACUAGUGGGGGUCAUUAUAUUUGUCAAAUUAAAGAUGAUAUAACUGGUAGAUGGUUUACAUUUAAUGAUGAAACUGUAGAGGAGAUAGAUAUUAAGAGUUUAGGUAAAAACAAUAAUAAAGAGAAAAGAAAAAAGAAAGAGAUUGAAAAUGGAACUAUAUCAUCAUCAACAGCUUAUAUGGUAGUUUAUUCUAAAAUGAAUAGAAUCACUCAUUCAGAGGAUAUCUCGAAUCCUUUGAGAUCUUUUAAUAAUUUAUCAAAUAGAUUAUUAGAUAGAUUAGAAGAGAUUGAGAACUCAUUUAGUCAACAAAAAGAUUCUUUUGGUUCUCAGUUUGAAAAACUUAAAUUUGAAUGGACAAAAAGAAUUGAACUUUUUAAAGAGAUUGAACCAUUAUUACAAGCAAAUAUAAAUGAAGAAGAAGAAGAAGAAUACAAAGACGAAGACGAAGAUGAUCAUUAUAAUGAUGAUGAUGAAGAUGAAUUAUUAAAGAGAGUUAAAGAAAAAUCAUUAUUAGAAUUUGAAAGUAAAAAUAAAUAUUAUUGGAUUGAUGUUAAUUGGUUAAAAGGUUGGAUUCAAGGUUUAAAUUUCCCAAUUGAUAAUUCAAAUAUUCAAUGUUCUCAUGGUAGUGUAGACCCAAAUAAAUUGGAAUCAAUGAAAAGAAUUUCACCAAUAGCUUGGGAAAUGAUUUAUAAUUCAGUAGGUGGUGGUGGACCAGCUUUUGAUAGUUCAAGUGUUUGUACUGAAUGUCUCUAUUCAAUUUUCUUUCAAACAGAAGAAUUGGCAACAAAUAAAAAUUUAAAAGAUUAUUGUAUUUCCCUUGAAAAAGUAAUACCAAAAUCAAAAAAUUCUUCAACAACAACAGCAGCAGCCACAACCACAACCACCACUAAAUCAAAUUUAAAGGAAUAUUAUAUAUCAUAUGAGUGGUUCAAGAGAUGGAAGAUAUCAAAUAUUGAAAAACGUCUAUCAAUAACUCCAACAAAUGAUUUAAUUUGUCCUCAUGAUGGUUUCAAUCUUGAAGAAAAAGAUAGAUUACCAAUUACAAGAGAAACAUGGGAAUAUCUUUAUUCUUUAUAUCCAAUGUCUAAAACUCUUGCAGUUAAAGAUUAUUCAGAAUGUUUAAUUUGUAGAGAGUUGGAUUAUAAACUCAAUGAGAAAUUAGAAUUGGCAAAACAAGAGAAAAAAGAUAUGAAAGGUUUACUUGCACUUUUAUCUUUAACCAAUAAAAAGAAAAAACCAAAUCUUUCAGUAGGUCAAUAUAAUGUAAUUUCAAAAGAUUGGUUAAUAAAUUGGAGAUCCACUGUUAUUGACCCAAGUCAAGAUCAAGAGCAAGAUCAAGAUGGUAGUGAAUUUCAAAGUGAUUCAAUCGACGAAUCAAUCUCAAACACUACCACCACUACUAAGGAUUUGAAAAUUUUUAUUGGUAUUAUUGAUAAUAGUGGUUUUCUUUGUGAACAUUCUAAAUUUCAAUAUGAUUUAUCAGAUCAACAAUUUUUAAAUCAAUUAUCAACUUUUUCAUUGACUGAUAAAACUAGUCGCCUUUCAGAAAUUAAUUUACCAUUUCUAUUGAUUCCAAAAGAAAUCUAUGAUAAAUUGAUUACAAAGUAUGGCUCAAAAGAUAAUAUCAAUAUUUCAUUUGAAAAUAAUAGAUUAUUAGAACCAUUUACUUUUUGUCAACAAUGUUUUUUAAUUCAACAAGAAAUUCAUUUAAAAAAGAAAUUAAAUUUUAAUAAUGCUUCUUUAUUCAUUCAUAGAAUUAAUGAUAAAGAAAAUGAAAAAGAUUUAAAAUAUUAUUCAUUUCCAACAACUUUUAGAACUUCAAGAUUUUUCAGAAAUGAAAUUUCACCAAUUAAUAGUGAUUAUACAGUAGAAGGACUUAAAUUAACAAUUUUUUCAAUAAUGGAUGUACCACCUUUUAAACAAAGAUUAUUUAUUCUCACACAAGAUAGGAAACCUGGUGAUCCAGAUUCUGUUAUUGAACUCAAGGAAUCUUGUGCUCAAUUAAAUUGGUAUAAAUUAGUUCCAAAUCAAAUUAUAGUUUUGAAAGUUAUUGAAAAUGAAGAUUAUUUUGAUGAUUUUAUUGAAGAAUCAAAUUAUGAAACUGGUUUUAAAGGAACAGUUUUUAAUAAAUAA